UAUUAAGUGAAACUACAGGACAAUAUAAUACAUGUACACAGACUAGUUCAAAGUGUUUGCGAGAAGACUAGUUGAUUAGCUUUCAAAGUCAACUGAACAAUGCACCGACUAGUUCAAACAUUUCUGCAUCAUAAGUUUCCAAUUGAACCUGAGAUCAUCUGAAUUUGAUGAUUUGUCACCAUUAAUUACCUGAUUUUCAAUCGGAAACUGAUGAUAGUCAUGAUCGAAAGAUCAAUAGAUGCCUAGGAGUUGUGAUAAUUGGGAAAGGCUGGUGACAGCCGUCCUGAGAAGAGAAGAUCUCCGAUUCACCGGUCAGAGGACUCCAAGUGAGCUUUCCUUGGCAUCAUUAUCAUCAAUUUCGUCCUUUAAUCUAGCUUCUUCCUCUCGCCGAGUUUCAUCUUUCAACUUCAACAACUUAUUCGCGGGGGUUUCAUUUACACGUCUUCAAAUUCUCCAAGCAACGGAUUACUUGAAUGAGUCCAAGCUCAUUAAGCAUGGUCUCUCGGGUGAUCUCUAUGACGGAGUUUUAGAAGAAGGGACUCGAGUAGUAAUUAAAAAAAUUGAUCUUUCAUCAGUCAACAAAGAAUCCCUUUUCAUAGCAGAGUUGGAAGUUCUUGGGAAGGUUUCUCAUCAUCAUAGAUUUGUCCCUUUCCUUGGCCAUUGCUUGGAGAAUGGAAAUGAGAAGUUUCUGGUUUACAGGUACAUGCCUAACAAGGACUUGUCAACUUGUUUGUCCAGGAAAAAUAUUUCAGGUAAUAAUACACAAUCACCAUUCCUUGACUGGAUAACGAGGUUGAAGAUAGCAACUGAAGUUGCUGAGAGUUUGUAUUAUCUACAUCAUCAGUGUGUCCCUCCCCUUGUCCAUAGAGACAUUCAAGCAGGCAGCAUACUUCUCGACGACAAGUUUGAAGUGAGGUUAGGAAGCCUUUAUAAAGUCUGUGCUGAAGAAAAAGACAUUGCUCCGAAUACCAUUGCUAGGGGAUCCAACCAAGGCACUCCUGGUACAUCUAAUGCAAGUUAUGCAACGUGUGCCUAUGAUGUUUAUAGCUUUGGGAAAGUUUUGCUCGAGCUAGUCACGGGAAAGCAGGAUUUUAGUGCAACUGAAAAUUCCAUCAUGAAGGAUUGGAUGAUAAAAGCGCUGGCUUAUAUCAUUCCUGAUAAAGAGGAACUCCUUAUAAACAUUGUGCAGUCGACUUUAUCCUUGGAUAAGCAUCUUUUGUCCCAAGUAUGGGCAGUUUCAUUUAUUGCUAAGGCAUGUCUCAGUCCUGAAUCUUCUGAAAGGCCCAAUAUGGCACAGAUACUUUUAGCCUUAGAUCAUAUUAUGUCAGCAAGGUUUGGUGAUGAAAAUUUCAAGCCUAUUGGUCAUCAUGGCUCAGUGAGUACAGCUCUGGUGAUUGCAAAGAUACUACAAAGAUCUCAAAUAGUAGGACGGAGGCCAAAGGCAACUGGCAAUGCAACGCUAGGCAGCCGCACCGCCUUAAAAGAGGGUUAUCAAAAUGAGGGCAUCUUUGUUCAUCCCAAAUUGACUAUUUUCUCUUAUUCUGAACUCAUGGUUGCAACCAGAGGUUUCAGGAGUGAUGCAGUGCUGAGAGAAGGUGAAUUCAGUGCAAUAACCCAAGCUUGGCUUCAAGACAAAUCCACAUCAAAGAGUAGCAGUGAAGCACUAGUUGCUGUUAGAAAAUUUUACUCGCAGAAUAUGCUACUAUUAAAUGAUUGGCAGUCACAUUUUCUUGAGCAGUCUCGGGUAUGCUUGCUUGGAAGGCUCUCACAUCCAAACUUAGUCGAGUUCCUUGGAUAUUGCUUGGAAGACAAAGAGCUAUUCGUUGUUCAUGAAUAUAUGCAAAAUGGCAGCCUAGAGAACCAUCUCUUCAGAACAAGCUCCGAUGUUCGGCCACUUUCAUGGGACAUAAGAAUCAAGAUUCUAAUUGGAGCAGCUCGAGGCCUGGCAUUCUUGCAUGCGGCAGAGUGGCAAGGUUACUAUGAAUACUUCGGCACCUCAGACAUCUUGCUUGAUGGUUCUUACAAUGCCAAGAUAUCAGGUAUUGGCACAACAAAGAUUGUUCGUCGAAAAGUCUUUAAUGAAGAACAUCCUCUUUGGUAUAAAAGGGGAAAGUAUUUUAAUGCUCCUCCUGAGUAUGAUCUGAGAAAAAAUAUCCCAACAGAGCUUAUGAAUGUGAAGGGCGAUGCGCUUGGUUCUGGUGUGGUAUUGGCUGAAAUGAACGUGAAGGGCGAUGUGUUUGGUUUUGGUGUGGUAUUGGCCGAAAUGCUAACAGGUUUAUCUGCAAAAGGUAGAUAUCGACUUGGUUGGAGAGAGCACUAUCUGGUUCCAUUAGAGUACCAUCUGGUUCCAUUUUUCAGGUACCAUAUGAGGAAGAACCCAUUGGAGAAAAUUAUGGAUCCACAAUUAGAAGGAAAAUAUCCAGCAGAAGCUGCUCUAGAAUUAGGAUCUCUUGCUUGUUUAUGUCUUCAAGAUGAACCUGAAUCCAGAUUAUCAAUGAAAGAAGUUGUGGAGAUAUUAGAAUGCAUUGUAUCUGCUAAGGAGUAAGCAGAAGAGCCCAGGACAAAUCGGACAGCUUAUAAUCAUGACCACCACCUUCAGCAUUCUUAGUUUUCCACUUCUGCAAAGCAUUGGCGGAAAUCCGUCCCAUAAAAGCUGAACUAUUGCUUUCAUAACUAAACGUAACAGAUCCUUAAAUAUUUUUGUCCUGAUUAGUUGGUUGAUAUGUAAUCUGUUCGUUCUUUCCUUUUUGUAGUCUCAGCUUCGUUUUGUUUGAAAGGUUAAGAGUUACACUGGCUUAAAAGCAAGUUCUCCGAAGAA